AUAUAGUUGAUGUCUGUUGACAAUGAUAUUGCUAUUGUUCAACACAAAGCCCACGUGCCCCUCUCUGCACAACAAUGAGCACCCCACUUCCGAGAUUGACCGCUCGGCGCUCUCACAGCUCACUCAUGAAUUCACCAUCCCACCGAAGCUAGACCCAUCCAGGCUUCCGCUGUCGUGAUAUCAAGCUCUGCUGUGAACCGUUUCUCGGAAUCCUUUCAACCUUCUCUGCCAUGCUAUCUGUCAUCUAACCUGUGAAUAUCCUCAUGUUACCCCGCUUAAAUCAAUUGGGAAGACAAUUGAUCAAGCCGCGACCAAACUCCCUGCACAUAUCCACGCCUGUCAGUACUGCAAUACCCACCGCUCGGAAGAUGGCGACCCCCGUAACAGCCGCGAAUGUCUCACCGAUCGAGACGGCUGCCGCCCUCAUCAUCGGGGAUGAAGUGCUUGGAGGCAAGACCGUCGACACGAACUCCGCCUACUUCGCCCGAUACUGCUUCUCACUAGGCAUCAACCUGAAGCGAAUCGAAGUGAUCGCCGACGAGGAGGACGAGAUCAUCGAAGCGGUACGGCGGAUGAGCAAGAACUACGACUUCGUCGUCACUAGCGGCGGCAUCGGACCGACACAUGACGAUAUCACCUACCAAUCCAUAGCCAAGGCGUUCAACCUUCCUCUAACCCUACACGACGAGGCCUUCGCGCGCAUGAAGAAACUCUCAAGACCGCAUCCGUCCCAAGCGAACUUCGAUUGGGACGUCCCGUCGCCAGCGUUAAAUGCGAAGAAACGAAUGGUAGAAAUUCCGUAUGACACAUCGAAGCCAGACUCCGAUCAAGUGAUCUUCGUAUCCGACGACCUCUGGGUGCCGCUCAGCGUCGUCAACGGCAACAUCCACAUCCUCCCUGGCGUGCCCCGACUCUUCGAGAAAAUCCUCGACACUUACAAACCCCGCCUCGUCCCCCGCCUCUCCGACCCCGAAGGCAAAGGCGUCUACCGCAUCAUCAUCUCCACGCCCCUCCCCGAAUCAGAGGUGGCGCCGUUCCUCACCGAGCUUGCCGCGAAGGUCGAGCCGCGCGGCAUCAAGGUCGGAAGCUAUCCGCGCUGGGGGAAGCGACACAACACAGUGACGUUGGUAGGGCGCGAUCGCGCGUUCAUGGACGGCUUGGUGGCGGAGGUGGAGGGAGGGGUCCAGGGGAAGAAGGUGGAUUAUGAAGGUCAGGAUGAUGAGACGAAUGGGUUUAAUAAGAAUUUCUAGCGAUGAGCGAUGGUGUGGUUAUUGUGGGAGUUUACUAAACGGAGUGCAGUGCGGACAGGUUCACGAUGCGGUUCACGACACGGUUCCGGGAAAGGUGGCGAUGGUGAGAGCUAUUCGAAGGCAUCUGUAUGAUCAUCUCUCGGGGCGAUUUUAUCGAGGGAUGAGGGAGACGAUGACGUGGGCACGAGCAGUUUAGAGUUUAUACAGAUAUGACGGUUGAUCUUCACUGGGAGCAUGGUUCCCACAGGAGAUCGAAUGCAUAUAGUACCUUACAUGAUGUGCAUGACUUCCAUCACCCAUGGGCAAAGGAGGGCAAAGGGGUUGGGAGACAAAUAUAGAUACCCACCAAAGCAUCAUCUCCAGAGCUAUAAAAUUUUCAAACCAUAUUGUGCUUGACUCC